CCCGAUGUUCUCGCUCCUGCGAUGCUCGCGCACGGCCCUGCCAUAACUAGCCCCGACUAUCCGCCUAUCCUCCAUCGCAUCAUGGGACACGCAGACUCCGCCGAGCAGCACCGUCGCAGUCGGCUUACGCAGCAACGUGCCAGUGGACAUGCCGCGUCGUCGUCCGUCGGCGGGAUCAAAUUGCGACAGCGUACGCACGGACGAGUUUGGAUUCCUUCAGCAGCCAUCGAUACGUACGCCUUCUUCAGCUUGCGGCCAGCUCGAGUUUAAAUCUCGGACCUGCUGUCGGACUGCGAACCGCUAUUUCUCCGUCGGGCACCGAUAGUCGGGCGGCGCGCUGGCAUAAGAAGACUCGCUCUCUCUCCCUCGCUCGCGGGCACCGCACAAAGCGCACAGCAAACGAUGGAGACGCAGCCGUGGCGCGCCUCGCUCCCGAACGAGACCUGGCACGCCAUCUUCGCCCUCCUCCCGCCGCCCGCGCUCCUCGCCGCCGCCCUCGUCUCGCACCAAUGGCACGCCCUCGCCGCGCGCACGCUCUACGCCGCCAUCGCCAUCGCCGACUCCCCCCUGCUCCCCGCGCCGCACAAGGCCGCGCGCCUCGCCGCCGCCCUCGCCGCGCGCCCGCACCUCGCCGCCUACCCGCGCCGCCUCUCCUUCCGCACGCACGCGCACGGCGCCGCCGACGCCCUCGCCGCGAUCCUCCCCCUCCUGCGCGACCUCGACGCGCUCGAGCUCUCCACCGCCCCCGGGCGCCUCGACCCCGCCCUCCUCGCGGGCGUGCGCAGCCUCGCGCUGACGAGCGCCCCGCGCGCGCGCGAGCUCGCCGCGCUCGCCGCCGGGAAACGCCCGCUCGCGGAGCUCGACCUCGGCGGCGUGAGCGUCACGCCCGUGCUCCUGCGCGACGUCUCCCGCGCGCUCACGCGCGUGCGCGUCCUGCGCGUGCGCCUCGCGCUGCGGCACACGCUGCACUUUGCGCUCAGCGGGAUCGCGCUCCUCGCCGCGCUCACCCCCGUCCUCGGCGCGUUCCCGCUGCUCAUCGAGCUCGAUCUGUCCCCGACGGACGUCGUCGGCCGCGCGCAGCCCGCCGAGGAGCACUCCCUCUGCGCGACCUACGCGCGCGCGUGCCCCGCCCUCGCGCGCGUCGUCUUCCCCAGCAAGAUGGAGUGGUUGUUCCUCAGCAAGGAGGAGAUCUGGGUCAGCAAGUAUCUGUAG